GACUUAGUUGCGUAAAUUCACACUUUCUUACACUAACAAACGAAUCACCAUUAAUAUAGUAAUAGUGGUACGUAGUGGAAUCUAGGUUGUACCAAUGCAAAAAACCGGGGAUGCGCCGAACCGGAGAGAAGAAACAUCAGAGAAAUCAGGUUUCUUUGGGAAAAAGUAAUCUAACAAGCAAACGAAACCCACCACUGCGCUGCACUAUUUACUCUCUCUCUCUCUGCCUUUUUUGCCAUUCAAAGUUGUGCGAACUACAAGCAGAAUAUAGAAUAAACACCAAAUAAAUUCUAUUAUUUUCCUGCUCGAAUUCCUGCUCUUCGCACGAAAUCGAAGACAAGCAAGAUGCAUUCAAAUCAUUUGCUGCUCGAGGAGCCAAUCCGGAUGGCCACCAUCCUCGAGCCAUCCAAAGCGAGUUUCUUCCCUGCUAUGACGAAGAUCGUCGGGACUCUCGGCCCGCGCUCUCGAUCCGUCGAAGUUAUUUCCUCUUGCCUUAAGACUGGAAUGUCUGUUGCAAGAUUUGAUUUUUCAUGGGGCGACGCGGACUCUCACCAGGCGACUUUGGAGAAUUUGAAGACUGCUAUUAAGAGCACUAAGAAGCUGUGUGCUGUUAUGUUAGAUACCGUGGGUGCUGAAAUGCAAGUUGUUAAUAAACGUGAGACAUCUAUAACCCUUAAAGCCGAAGACAAGGUUAUUUUGACUCCUGAUCAAGGUCAAGAAGCCACAUCUGAAGUUUUGCCGAUCAACUUUCCUGGGUUGGCCAAGGCUAUGAAGAAAGGAGACACCAUUUUUGUUGGUCAGUACCUAUUCACCGGAAGUGAGACUACUUCUGUUUGGCUUGAGGUUGAUGAAGUAAAGGGUGAUGAUGUGGUUUGUGUUAUCAAGAACUCUGCGACCUUGGCAGGAUCACUAUUUACAUUGCAUGCUUCACAAAUUCGAAUUGAUCUGCCUACGCUAUCUGAAAAGGACAAGGAGGUUAUCAGUACUUGGGGUGUUAAGAAUAAAAUAGAUUUUCUUUCGUUAUCAUACACACGCCACGCAGAGGAUGUCCGUGAGGCCCGCGAUUUUCUGUCAAAGCUUGGUGAUCUGAGUCAAACUCAAAUAUUUGCUAAAAUUGAAAAUGUAGAGGGUUUAACCCAUUUUGACGAGAUCCUACAGGAGGCAGAUGGCAUCAUCCUCUCUCGUGGAAAUCUUGGCAUAGAUCUCCCACCUGAGAAGGUGUUCUUGUUUCAAAAGUCUGCUGUUUACAAAUGUAACAUGGCUGGAAAGCCAGCAGUUGUAACUCGUGUUGUUGAUAGCAUGACUGACAAUUUGAGGCCCACUCGUGCUGAGGCAACUGAUGUUGCUAAUGCUGUUUUGGAUGGAUGUGAUGCAAUUCUUCUUGGUGCUGAGACCUUACGUGGAUUGUACCCUGUGGAAACUAUUUCCACCGUUGGGAAAAUCUGUGCUGAGGCAGAGAAGGUCUUCAAUCAAGAUCAAUACUUCAAGAGGACUGUAAAGUUUGUUGGUGAACCCAUGACACACUUGGAAUCUAUUGCUUCCUCUGCGGUCCGUGCGGCCCUUAAAGUGAAGGCGUCUGUCAUCAUAUGCUUUACAUCAUCUGGAAGAGCUGCAAGAUUGAUAGCAAAGUACAGGCCAACAAUGCCUGUGUUAUCUGUUGUCAUUCCUAGGCUGAAGACAAAUCAACUGAAAUGGAGUUUCAGUGGUGCAUUUGAGGCAAGGCAAUCGCUUAUAGUACGUGGUCUUUUCCCCUUGCUCGCUGAUCCUCGGCAUCCAGCUGAGUCCACAAACGCGACAAACGAGUCGGUUCUGAAGGUUGCACUUGACCAUGGAAAAGCCUCUGGAGUUAUCAAGUCCCACGAUCGGGUAGUUGUGUGCCAGAAAGUCGGAGAUGCUUCUGUGGUGAAGAUCAUCGAACUCGAAGAUUAAACUGACUUUUCGCUCUUUGUUUUUGGUGGAAAGUUUGAGGGACACGAAACUAGUAAAAGGGCAUCACCAUGAAUUUUGAUGUUGGUUUUGGAUGGCUGUGUAGAUGAAAUUACAUAUUGGCACCCUUUUUGGCAAGAAUAGUGGGUGUACUAUUUACCGUGAUGGUAAUUCUUGAAAAAUGCCUAUUAUUACUGCUACCAAACCGUGAGAGCUUGGUGUUUGUUUUCAUCUCUCAUAAGGAAAUAAUUGUCUUGAGCGCCACUCAAUGGGAAAUUCGUUGAAUUCGAAUUUCGUUUGCCUUUAA